UGGUUGGAAGAGAUGCUUGAAGACCGCCUCCAAGAAGCUGACAUCAUAGUGGUCUCAGCUGCUGCUGUGACACUGAGUGGAGCAGCUUUUUGAUUUGGAAAAGCAGAGGUUUCGGAGGGUCUUGUCAGUACUGCUCUGUUGAAUGGCUGGACAUAUUUUGCAUUCCCAUAUUUCAUAAAGAAGCAGGAUUCAACAAGUGGAGACUUUUUUUUUCUUUAAAACAACUAAGCUAUCCUUCCAUUGCUAGAUUGGCCUGUGGUCAAACUUCUGUAGGAUUGCACCAGAGCAAAAAGGCUUUAUUACAAAGACAAGUGAGACUGCUUCAAAUUAAACAACUCCGAGCUUCCAAGAAACAGUUACAAGAAAGCAGAGAUGAGCAGAAACACCCCUUCACUAGCACUCAACACGGUUGCCAUGGAUCUGUACAAGCAGUGGGAGAACACAGAGACCAAGUGGCGCAAGGAAAAGAUGGAAUUACUGGACCAGUUUGACAAUGAAAGGAAAGAAUGGGAAAGUCAAUGGAAAAUCAUGCAGAAGAAGAUAGAGGAGCUUUGCUAUGAAGUAAAACUUCGGAGGAAAAUCAACAUGAAUGAACGUGCUAAGAUCAUUGAUCUUGAUCAGGAGGAGAUUGUUCAAGAUAAAAUGGUGAAAUAUUCUCCAAACUACUCCAGUUUAGGACAAUGUGAAUUUACAAGGAUGAAUUACAGGGAUGGUCUGGAAAAAGAAAAUAAAACAGAACAGAGCUUAUUAGGUGAAGGGAACCAAAUGUUCAAGGAACAAAAAACAACCAAAAAAUCAAAACUAGGGUUUAUAGAUUCUCUGGCUACAGACAACCAAAAAGAAUGUGAGGUCUGGCGUGACCCGAGGACUUCAGAGGAAGAGACUAAGAGUUGUUCUGGAGCCCUCAACACAGCUCUUGAAGAACUUGCCAAAGUUAGUGAAGAAUUAUGCAGCUUCCAAGAGAAAAUCAGAAAGCAGUCUAAUCACAGGAGGAUGAAGUCAGAUUCUUUUCUUCAUGGAAUGUCAAAUGUAGUUGAUAUGCAUCAUGAAGACCGUAUUACUAGUAAUGGCCAGUGUGUUCUUCCAGUCAGUUUAGAAACAGAAAAGCAAAAUGACAAAAAUAAUGUAAGCUCUGCUGAUGUGCUUCAAAGCAAUUCUAUGGGAAAAUGUGCAGUUAAUGCUAUUAGUCUGCAAAGAAAUGAAAUUCCACCACUUCCUCCACCAAGAAGCACAUCUCGAAAUAUUCCCAGUUCAUAUUCUGAACAAAUCCAUGAAAGUCUGAAGAAAUGUUUAGACCAUGACUGGGUAGCCCCAGAAAGUCAAGGUGAAAGGAACUGCAAUCUUCAUGCACAUUUGAGUUACAAUGAGAUGCCUGCGCUGUGUCUAAAUGAAAGGACAUUUUUGAAAGAUAGUACACUUUCUUCUUUAGCACCAGAGGCAAAAAUAAAUAAGCUUCCAUGUAAUGAAAAUGUUCGAGUUUGCAAAUGGCCAUCCAACAUUGAGACAGGUGCAAAAAAUAGUACUUCUACACUGUGGUUUCAGAAAACCUGUUCAGCUCCCAGUAAGCUAAAAUGUGAAAACGUGAGCUUAGAUCACCCUUUUAAAUCUCAUCCUGACCUUAAUGAAAGCAAUGAUUAUAGCUACUUGGUGACUCAGAACAGUGGUGCACUCACAAGUUUUACUUGUAACUUUGAAAAGACUAAAAGGAAUGAAAAAUUGGCAGCGAAGAUUGAUGAAUUUAACAGAGCUGUGUUUAGGACAGAUAGAAGUUGUCUUGCAAGAGAGCAAAUUCAGAGCUACUCAGAGACUUCUGAAGAUCUUAAGACCUGUGACCCCUUAAUUCACAAAAGUAACCUACCAGAAAAUGACCAUGUGUCUGAUAUUUUGAGAACCAGUAUCCACAUGUCUGUACCCAAGGAAAAUGUGCUUGAUAAUCCAACCAAUACCCCCACGACAGGCCUGACCAGACAAAUGCAGGAACACUUAAGUCCUAGCAGUUACUGGAAUAUGCUUAGUGAGCAUGACUGGAGACCAAGUAAUUUGUCCGGUCGGCCCAGAUCAGCUGAUCCCAGGUCAAACUAUGGUGUUGUGGAAAAGCUGCUAAAAACUUACGAGACAUCUACUGGAUCUGCACUGCAAAAUCCGAAAUGUUUCCAGGAUAAUUGGACUAAAUUUAAUUCUGAUGUGAGUGGUGGGUCCACAUUACGUCAGCAUUUAGAAAUGCUCCAGCUAAAUCAAGAGCUUCAUCGAAAGACAGCUAUGUGUGGAACACAAGUGAAACAAGGAGUAGAUCAGAAAAAGAUCACAGAGGAAUCUGUGACAGUGAAAAUUUCACAUGGAAAAGGAUUUUCCCGACCUGCUAGACCAGCAAACCGUCGUCUGCCAUCCAGAUGGGCGUCAAGAUCUCCAUCAGAGCCUCCUGCCUUGCGGAAACUUACCCACAGUCGUAGUACUUCUCUGCAGUCUGAAGCAUCAAUGGUCUGAGUCUUUGGCCUGGAUUGCUAGAUUACAAAACUCUCAAUUGCCAAGCACAGCACUUAAGAGUGUUUAUAAUCAAUCCUUUCUCUUCUGUGUCUUUUAAGAUCACUGGGACAAUGUAAAUCUUAACUUCAUCA